UGGAGAGUCCUGGCUGCCCUCAGUCAGCUGUGCCCAGGAGCCAGGAGUUAGGUCCCGGAGUUGCUGGCACCAUGAGCACAGGGGGCUCCAGCCUCCCCAGUCCUCCAACCUUCCUUACGACUCCAGCCACUUCUGGGACUUACACCCAGGCUGCUGACCCUGUACCGGUUCUUAUCGCCCUGGCCUGCAUUUUUCUGCUGUUGGCCUCUUGCCUGCUAUUCAUGAUGCUGUGCAAGUCCACUGCGCUGGACCCUGGCCGUCAAGGGGCCCGGGAAUACAUGCCACAUCACCCAGGGAGCCCCAGUGAGCCCAGGCUCCGGCUCUGGAAACGCCUGGGCUCUCUACGCCGAUCUCUGCACAGCUUCCGGCGAGGCAGGCCUGCCGCCCAGCAGUGUCCUCUGCCAGGCCUUGAUGACCAGCGAGGUGACUGUGACUUCACUGAAGCCACCGAGAUGUGAUUCAGUGACCAUCUACAUACAGACUAACCCAAGACCUCUGAUGGCUGCCUCUGAUGGAGCCUGGCAUUGUAGGCUGUAGGACGAUGAUACCCUAGACCCCUAUAUCACCCCAGCGUUUCCCUGUGUGUCCAGACCAUGUCCUUUCCAGAAGACCCUGAUGGCCCCUGCUUCUGCUCAUUAACAGACCCUUGGCUCAAAAUACCCACAGGCCUUUAGACCUUUACUCUGUGGCCCUGAGGUAUAACUUGGGGAUACUGCAGCAUCCCCUUUUGGAAGCUAGGUAUCUACUGAUCCCAGGGAUAGCAUCCCCUGCCUCUCCAGAAACCUUGCCCAUCUUCUAAAGGCCCAGCUAAGAGCAGCUGCUAAAAGGCCCAGACACCUCAGAAAGUGGGAUAUUUGCCUAUCCUAAGUCUACACUAGCUUGUAUUUGUGCUAACCUAAUACCCCAGGGAAAGCAACCCGGGGAUCCCUUUCUUGGCCUUCUCGCCUCUUCUUAUGGAUCUUGUUAGUUGCCAGCUAGGGGACUGGCAAGUAUCAAAUCAUGAGCCUGGGAACCCCUUUGUGGCCUCCUGUCAGGACAGAUUAGGAUUUAGAGAUGUCAGCCUACAGAAGAAGUUUUCUAUACUCCAAGUGCGGUAGCUCACACUUGCACUCCCAGCAUGCAACAGGCCGAGGCAGAAGGAUUGUUCAAGACCGCCUGGCUACAACAUAAAAUCCUGAUUCAAAUGACAUCAAAACAAGCCAGACAAAUGAACAAAAAAGAGACUGUUGUUCAAGGCUAGGUGGAGGCUGUGUCACCGUGGCAGGAAGCUGGCCACUGCCAAUGCUGGAAGGGAUGCUGCCUGGACUCUGGGGAUGCAUGGCAGUGGUACCACCGGGAAAGAGGGGGCCUCCUCUCAAAUAGCACGGGCCAGACCUCUCAGGACAGUGGUAGGAUCAAAGCUGAUUGGCACUAUCUGUGUUCUGUGCAUUGUGGCAACAACUUCAUCAAGUGACCUGUGUAAGUAGGCCCACUGCAGUGUGGUGUGGGCUGCUGGGAAUCCCAGCCUUUGGUCCCAUCUUCCACAGUCAAGGCCUCUGCUGCAUCUCAGACUUGAAGACUGUACAGAGGGAACCAGUGAUACUUAGGUCCUGUCCCAGAGUCAAAUGACACAGGACCCCAUCACAGGGCUGCCUCCCACCCUGCUAUGACCCAGAGUGAAGUCACCCAAUAUUCCCAAGGACUAAGUGCUGGUUUUGCCAUUCUCCAGAUCCAAAGCCCCUACUGGCUUCCCUUGCCUAAGUGGAUGUAUCCAUUCUACGGUGUGCAGCAGGAUCUAGGCGGUAGCUGCAAUUUAUCUUUCUAGCCUCACCCUGAUCAGACACCUAAGGCGACUGAACGAUCUGUCUUCCCUGUCUAUGAUUUAAGCUCUACUAGCACCCGCAUUGUGAAGCCUUCUUUGUUUUGCAAUAGAACUGCCCUUCUGUCUGGAGCUCCUCCGGUCUCUCACCUGUCUCAGGGAGACCAGCAGCAUGCACAGUCUUGUCUGUCUUCUUUCCUACAAGCCUGGGAACUGCAGGGAGAGACAUCUUGUCCCAGCACCCACUGUAUCCCCAAGGUGGUAGGUAUCCGGUGUGAGCCUGACCCACACCAAUGGCCUAAUGUCCCCUGUGAUGUCCCUAAAGGAAGGUUGCUCUCCAAGCAUGCUAUGGAGAUGAGGUCACUGUGCCUUCCUCAUGCAUCCUCAUGACAAGUGCAGGGCACUUCUAGGGCCUGGGGGAGAAAGUGUCCUAAGACCCUGAACAUCUGAGAAGUGGGUAGACCAGGGUAGCCCCACGUCACUCAGGGACUCCAUUACGCAAACUCAAGUCUUACAUACAUAGAAUCCAGGAUUUCAGGACCAGGAAGUAAUCCAGCUUCUUCCCAAAAGACUUUGAGCACCCCUCUGGCCUCUUUACCCUCCUGAAGCAUCUUAGGCUAGACUCCCUCAUGGCCUGCUAUGCUCUAUAUUGGGUGGGUUACAGGUUCUGGGGUGCUUAUGAGAUGGAGAUAGCAUAUAUUAAGUUAGGGUGGUGUUCCAUUGCUUCAUGGAUGAGGCUUUGGUUUUUUUCUUAGCUGAGGCCAGGGACUGGGUGAGGACCCAUUUUCUCCCUCUCUCUGGGAGCCAGCUGCUAGAUUCUUACAUGUCUCUGGCCUUUCUGAACUCUAUUGAAGUCAACUUUCUGUUCCUUUCUUGGCCAUCCCCAGUUUCCCCCACAGGGAGGUAGGCACUCUCCCACCCCCUCUCUUUCCUCCUUCCUGAACUAGGGAAUGGGCCAUAGCAGCAGGCCCAUCUUUGUUGAGUUUGGCUUACUCUUGGAUUGCGUGGAAAGCACUGAGGUUGAUGAAGUGGGUCAUUCAGUCCCUGUUCUUCUCCCAGCAACUAAGUAACAGCCCCCUGUGUGUAUAUGUGUAUGUGUGUGUGUGCAUGUCACACACACACACGCAUGCACGCACACACGCUUCAUUUUCAGGGUCAACUCCCUGUGGGCCUCUUAGCUGUGACUCCUACUGUGGGCCAAGGAGCGCUGUCUUCUUUUGCCUGCUUUCAUCCAAGGGGGGAGCCUGGCCAAGACGCUGUGAAAGCCUCUCUGUCUGGCCUUGUUGAGCCCUGGCUCUCUCUCCUUGAGUCCUUUCCAGGAAAGAGUUACUUUCCCCUCCCAGAUGCUCUGAAAGGCUCUAGGGGAAGCUAAGGCGAGCCAGGGCCCUGUCCUCAGUUCACACAGAAAGGAGGAGGGAUCAUGCAUUCCUUUUCUUGAAGUGCAAGCUACUUUCAGGCCACCCUGGACCCCCGCUGUCCCUAUCGCUUAUGACAUGAUGCUCCUGAGCCAGUGCCCUCAGGGCUGAGCAUAGCCCAGUCUGCCACCUGCCUGCACG